AUGUCAUUCUGGGGUGCCUACAGAAGUCUCACCCCCCGGACUCGCAUCUACCUAGGAGUAGGAGUCAUCGGCUGGAGUGCGUUGGGUCUCUACUUCACGGACAAAUGGGAGGAUAAAAUCGCAUCGAAGAAAGCCGAACCUGGACAGGCUGUGGGUCAGCCGACGCUACAGGAUGAGGUUCCGAAAGCCAACGAGGCUUGA